AAACUAGAUUAACUGCAAAACCCGAAGCAGGGUCUCGCUGGAAAAUCUCCCGUUUUCUGGUUAUCCAAAUACGCACAACUUUCUCUCUCUCUCGAGAGAAGAAUGGUCGCAAGCUCUUUGUCAAUCCUCUCUUCCACAUCUUCAUUUCCAUCUCAUUCCAGCGCGCAUCCAUCUUCCGCUUCCACUUCCACUAGGCUCAGACCCUUCUUCACCUCCAAACGCAGCCUUAAUUUGUCCGAACCCCUUAACUUCGCAAUCCCCAGGGCCUCUUUGAAACAAUCCAUCGAAGAUGGUUCGACGGAGCAGUUUUUGCAGAAUAACUCCAUUGCUGACUUCAUGAGGUUCAAGAGGGGUGUUGAUGGAGGCUGCGCGGAGUUGCAGACUGCUGUGGUCAGGUACAGGAAGAGGUUUCCCUGGUCUCUUUUGCGGCCUUUUCUUCAGGUCGAUUUGGUUUCGACGAUUCACAUUGCAGAUAAAGAGUACUUUGCAACCCUACAGAAAGAACUUGAGCCUUAUGAUUGUAUUCUCUAUGAAAUGGUGGCUAGCAGAGAAAUUUUAGAGAAUAGAAGGAACCUUACUCCUGAAAGAAGAGACAAAGGAUCACGUUCGCGAGGUUUUAACAUCUUGGGAUGCAUCCAGCGACAGAUGGCUCGAGUUCUUAUGCUUGAUUUUCAAUUGGAUUGUCUUGAUUACCAAGCUGAGAAUUGGUACCAUGCAGAUCUUGAUUAUGAAACCUUUAAAUUACUUCAGCUUGAAAAAGGUGAAAACUUUUUCACUUUUGCAAGAGACAUGACCCUUAAAUCAACAAAAGCUUUGGUGCAGCCUGCUUCAAUUCCAGGAGACCUUGAUCCUUGGCGAUCCAAGCUUCUAUGGGCUUCACGUGUGCUUCCUAUGCCACUUGUGGGCCUUCUCAUCAUUGGAAGUGUUUGUGAUGUGGGGAACCAGGCAUCAGAAUUUCCUGAACUGGAAGCCUUGUCUAGGCUUGACUUUGGGGCUGCAAUGAAGGUCUUCCUGGCAAAGCGACUGACAUCUGACCGCUGUAGCAAAAGGCACACCCCACACCCUUGCGUGGCUAAGCCAGCCAUCCAGCCAUCUGAUCUCCCGAAGCAGACCUCUACCUCUCUCCCUCUCCUGCAGCUCCCCCUCCCCUUCACCUGUGUUCUAAAGUCUAAAGAACACCCACAAACAAAGCAAGGCAACCCAAAUCAGCAACAGAUCGAAAGCACCCAGAACACAGAGUUCUGAUUUUGAUUAACAGAUCAGUAGAACAAGACACUUUGUAUCUCUUACCUGAAAGGAAAAGCACCAAAGAUGUCUGCUUUCUUAGGGAAAUUGAUUAAAAAAAAAAAUUUGAAUGAAGAAGGGAUGAGGGAGCAGCAACAUUCAACAGAAGGUGUUGGCGAUUGGUAUUAUAGAACCACAACCAGAGAGAAAAGAGCUGGUUCUAGAAUUUUCUGUCCUUGAAAACAUUAAAAAUGUAAUUGGCAUAGAAUCAACGUCGUUGUUGCCCCACUUGUUUAUUACGCGGGGGUGGAGAGCAAAUUUGAAAAUGGUCUCUUCUUCCCCCGUUUCAGCGUGAAGGAGGGAAAAAAAAAAAACAAAAACAAAAUAAAAUACACGUCAGGUGUGGGGUGUGGGUAAUGAACAGUGGCUGAUUUGUAGUAUUUCUUGUAACUUUUAGAUGUUAUAUCAUCAUCAUCAUCAUCAUCAUCAAGCUCUUUAUCAUGUAUUACACAAAACUAUUUAUUAAUUAGCUUUUGAAGUCCAA